AUGGGGGAAUUCGUCACAAGCAUUGCAGAGACCGCAAUGAUUGGGCUAGCUUCUUAUACAUACAAAGAAGUUUGCUUGGCAAGAGGUGUCACAGAUGAGCUAGCCAAGCUCAAGGAGACCUUCUCAGAUGUCAAAAAAGUGGUCCUUGAUGCAGAGGAAAAGCAGAGGAAUGAUCCCCGUCUGACCGAGUGGUUAGGGAAGCUCAAAGAUGUAUGCUACGACAUCGAUGAUGUGCUUGAUGAAUUUGCAUUUACAGAGCUACAAAUGCAAGUGAUGAACAACCGCGGAAGUGUGUUAACACUAAAGGUACGCACAUUCUUUUCGCGUUGGAACCCACUUGUGUUUAACAUCAAAAUGGCUCAUAGAAUCAAAGGGAUUAGAGAAGAGUUAGAUAGAGUGGCAGCUGAAAAAGCUUUGUUUCCUCUUGAGGAACGAGCAGGAGAUUGGCAGGGGGUGCACGUAAAGAGGGAGACUCACUCUUUUGUGCAAGUCUAUGAUGUCAUUGGGAGAGAUGAUGAUAAAAAACAGAUUAUCAUUCAUCUCUUGAACUUAAGAUUGAAAGAUCCUGGUGUUCGUGACACCGUUUCUGUUAUUUCCAUCUUGGGCUUAGGAGGUAUGGGAAAGACCACCCUUGCCAAGUUAGUGUACAAUGAUAAAAGGGUAGUGAAAAACUUUGAGUUGAGAAUGUGGGUGUAUGUCUCGGACCACUUUGAUAUCAAAAGAUUGGUUCGAGAUAUUAUCACUUCUGCAACUAACCAAAACUGUGGUGAUGAUGAAAGUCUAGAACAGUUGCAAAAGAAGUUGCAAAAUGUUCUAACUGAUAAACAUUUUUUGUUAGUGUUGGAUGAUGUUUGGGACAAGAGUGAAAUUGGUGUAACAAUUUCAAAAUGGCUUGAAUUAAAAGCUCUUUUGAAUGUUGGAGCCAAUGAGAGUAAAAUCAUUGUCACAACACGCAAUGAGUCAGUUACUAAGGUUAUGGAAUCUGUAUACGUGCAUCCAUUGAAAGGUCUUCGCCACGAAGAUUGUAAAUCCUUGUUCCUCCAAAGAGCAUUUGCCCGAAGGGGGGAAGAGGAACGAUAUCCACAACUAGUGGAAAUCGGAGACGAUAUUGCAGAGAAGUGUGGAGGGGUUCCUCUAGCCGUAACUACCCUAGGGAGCAUGCUAUGUUUAAAAAGAGAGCAGCAUGCUUGGUCCGAAGUAAGAGAUAGCGACAUUUGGAAGCUGAAACAGGAGCACAACGACAUAUCCCCUGCCCUCAAAUUGAGCUAUGAUGCAUUGCCGCCCUACUUGAAACCAUGCUUUGCCUUUUGCUCAAUUUUCCCCAAAGACUACAUAUUCCGUAGUACAGAUUUGGUCCCCCUCUGGAUGGCACAAGGCUUUCUUCAGUCCUCAACAGGAAGCCAAGAGCCUGAAGAGAUGGGACUAGACUACAUAAGGCAGAUAUGUUCUAGAUCAUUGUUUCAAAUGCAUGAAGAUUCAAUUCACUCCAUUGUCUUUGAAAUGCAUCAUCUAGUUCAUGACUUGGCCAUCUCGGUGGCACAAGUAGAGUGUUCAUCUGAAAAUUUUCGUCCUCCUUCUACCUCCAUUUCGCACAAGAAAGUUCGACAUGUGUCAAUCUCGCGAGAUGACUUGUGCAUGAAGGAAGUACGAGUUCCUGAUUACUUGCUUCAGCUGAAGAAAGUGUGGACCAUUCUAUUUCCAAAUCCAGGAGAUACGGUCAUCACCAACAAACCUUUGUUGAAGACAUGCUUCAAGAGAUUCAAGUACCUGCGCGUGCUAGAUUUGAGUGGUUGGAGUCUUGAAAAGUUACCAAGUUCAAUUGGUAAUUUGAGUCACUUGAGAUAUCUAGACUUGUCUAGGAAUCCAAGCCUGCAAAAGCUUCCGGAUUCCAUUUGCGAGUUGCAAAAUUUGCAAACAUUGCUACUUUCAGGCUGUGAGAAUCUCAAAGGCUUGCCGAAAGACAUAGGGAGCUUGAUCAACCUCAGAAAGUUGGUGUUCACCACAAGUCGGAUGGAUUUGCCCGAAGAAAUCAAAAGCCUCACUUCUCUUCGACAUUUCGAGGUCCACAGCUGCAGUAAUCUUGAAUCCUUAGGUGAAGUGGUACAAUCUCUCACUAACCUUAGAAUUCUUGUCAUUAGCAAUUGUGGAAAUCUAGAGUCACUGCCACAGUUGAGUCCAUCACUAAAGGCCUUAGUCAUCUCUGACUGUGAGAAGCUCGACUUGAUGAGUUUGGGAGAAGGCAUUGAAGGUCUUCUAUCAUUUUCCAUCUCCAAAAUGUCAAAUUUAGAGGCUUUGCCCCAUUGGCUUCAAGACUCCAAACCCAGUCUACAAAGCAUACGCAUAGAAAAUUGCGUGCAUCUCAAGGUACUUCCGGAGUGGCUGCAAAGCUUGAUGAAGCUGCAACAACUGGUCAUAGAAGGUUGUCCUGAAUUGUUGGCUUUGCCGGAGGGGAUGCAUCAUCUCUUUGCCUUGAAAGAAUUGAAGAUCAAUGACUGUUCUAAAUUGGGAGAAAGUUGCAGAAGGAAAGAAGGUCAGGACUGGUCCAAGAUCACUCGUGUUGCCAAGGUUACAAUUGAUGGAGAGAACAUUGCAUCAAGUGAUGAUUAG